AUGGCUUGUCUCCUAUCCGAAGAAGAAGAAAUGAUUGCACAACAUUUUGAUUCAGUUUCGGAACGAUGGAUUGAUGAACAAUUGAAAUAUUUGAAAAAUGUUUUUAAUCAAUUCUCAGAUUUGAAAUUAGAAAAACAAAGUUCAAUUGAACUAUCCAGAUCAACACUAUUCGACAAUGCUCUUUCCUUCAUAGGCUCCUUCUUCUUGCCAAAUAAUUCUUCAAAUGAUGUGAAGGAUUUCGAUUUCCUUUCAAAAAUCCUAUUGGAAGGAGAAAGAUCGAGUGGAAAGUCAUCGUUCCUCUAUUGUGCAAUGAAUAAUGGUGAAAUUAUUCAAAAUUCAAUGCCUCCAAUUGCCUGUUUUGCUCGGAAAAUAUUAACAAUUGGUCAAGAAAGAGUUAAGAUUGAAGUGUGGGAAAGUGGUGGAGAAAGAUAUCGGCCUCUGAUUGCUGCCAAUUAUCGAAGAGUUGAAUUUAUUUUGAUAUUUGUGGAUCCUUUCAAAUGGAAUUCGAAACAGUCCACUGAAUUAUUGAGCAAAAUCAAGGAAGAUAUUGAGAAAUAUUCAUCGAAAAAGAUUGAGGUUAUCUUUAUUACAACAAGGAAAGACAUUGAACAAGAGAAACGAAACCUUUCUAAUGAAAAAGCAGAUGAAUAUGCUUUUGAUAAUUAUUUUGGAGCUCUACAUUUCAAUAUUACAAAUAAUCAAGCUGAGGAACCAAAAAGAAUCAUUUGGUAUUGCACAUUACUCAAGUAUUUACUUUCGUAA